AUGCCAACGGUGCCGAAGACGCAGACAAAGACGAAGAUCCACAAGAAGAGGCGGUCGAUGACCAUGGCCACGUACUUCCAGUCCUCGCUCACCUGUGUGGGGCCGGGAGAGAGGCCGGGAGGGAGCAGCUCUUGUUUGCGACAAAAAGGUUCGCAGCGCUGCAGACAGCUGAGGCUUAGCUUGGCAUGUGGGUCUCUGUGCUUCUCUGACCCUUGUCUGCUCUUGGGACAGCUUUUGCAGCACCUGAAGCGAAUAAUCUCCGACCUGUGCAAACUCUACAACCUCCCCCAACAUCCAGAUGUUGAAAUGCUGGACCAGCCUCUGCCGGCAGAACAGAGCACACAGGAAGAGGUAUCCUCUGAAGAGGAAGAUGAAGAGAUGCCGGAGGACACUGAGGACUUGGACCACUAUGAGAUGAAAGAGGAAGAGCCAGCAGAUGGGAAGAAGACAGAGGAUGAAGGCAUUGGGAAGGAAAACCUGGCCAUUUUAGAGAAAAUAAAAAAGAACCAGAGGCAAGAUUACUUAAAUGGUGCAGUGUCUGGGUCUGUGCAGGCCACCGACCGGCUAAUGAAGGAGCUCAGGGAUAUUUACCGAUCACCAAGUUUCAAGGGCGGAUACUAUGCAGUUGAACUAGUGAACGACAGCCUGUACGAUUGGAACGUCAAACUCCUGAAGGUUGACGAGGACAGCGCUUUGCACAACGAUCUCCAGAUCCUCAAAGAGAAAGAAGGCACAGAUUUCAUCCUCCUAAACUUCUCCUUUAAAGAUAACUUCCCUUUUGAUCCGCCGUUCGUAAGGGUCGUGUCCCCGGUGCUGUCAGGGGGGUAUGUUCUGGGUGGCGGUGCCAUCUGCAUGGAGCUACUCACAAAACAGGGCUGGAGCAGCGCCUACUCCAUCGAGUCGGUCAUUAUGCAGAUCAGCGCGACUCUGGUGAAAGGAAAAGCCCGAGUCCAGUUUGGAGCCAACAAGAAUCAGUACAGCCUGACGAGAGCACAGCAGUCCUACAAGUCCCUGGUUCAGAUCCACGAGAAGAACGGCUGGUACACACCGCCCAAGGAGGACGGCUAGCGUGGGUGCCACAGGACCAACCUCAGUUAUCUUCUGGAUGCUCUCCUUGGAUCUUAAUGAUGCCUCUUGGCUUUCUCCCAGGACGUAAUAGCUCUGCCUGUUGCCGGACAAUAAUGGCUGUUAAAAACUCUAAAUAAAAACUGUUUAAGCAGUCGGACCGACCUAAAACACUUGCUGGACCCUUGCUAGCAGGCAUUCUUGUUAAAACAAACUUUUGAGCCUCUUGUAUCGCUGGAAGCUUUCGACUCUACUCCAGUCUAGAGCGUCCUCCUUACCUAUGCUAUGGAUUUAAUUUAUUUUCUUAUUUCAUGUACACUGCUUUUUUUUGUUACAGUGUAUGAUGGAUGUGUAUGGAAAAUGUAUCUUUGGAGAAAAAUUACAGUUUGUUAAUUUGAA